AUGGAUGAGACAGGGGUCAUGCUAAGCAUACUGGGCUCUGUCAAGGUUCUUGUAGGUAAGGAUGAUCAACGAGGAUAUAGGGGCGCUGGUGUUAAGCGGACAAUGGUUACCGCCAUAGAGUGCAUCAGUGCUGAUGGUAGGUCAUUGCACCCUCUCAUCAUCUGGCCAGCUGCGACCCACCGAAGUAACUGGACCACCCAUCCGACCCCUGGCUGGCACUACGGAUUCUCCGAGAACGGGUAUAAUGACUCUAAGAUUAGCUUAGAGUGGCUUACGCGUGUAUUCGAUCCCCAGACCAAAGAAAUCGCCAACGGCAAACCACGAGUACUAAUAUCUGAUGGUUUUGGCAGCCACGAAACGCAUGAGAUCCUGGAGUUUUGCUUCGCCAAUGACAUCACCCUCUGCCGACUGCCCUCCCACACUUCUCACAAGCUCCAGCCAUGUGAUGUUUCUGUUUUUGCACCCUUAAAGACAGCCUACCGCGACCAAGUCGAACGGUUGAAUCGAGGUGGUAUAGACACCAUCGGCAAAGAGCACUUCACGUACCUUUACAAACCAGCCAGAGAUAGAGCCAUAACGAAAAGGAACAUUCUAGCCGGAUGGGCGGCUGUUGGCUUGUUCCCUUUCAACCCGCAGAGGGUGCUUCGUGAUAUGCCGAAGCCGCCCGCGGAGCAUAACGAUACUAGCGAAGAUAUAGCACCAACGUCCUAUCCAGCGGCCGAGGCUCUGCACACACCUGUAACGCCUGUGACAGUAGAGGGUUUGACGUGGUUGACCGAACUAAUCAAACAGGAUACCUGUGCCGCUGCAUCUGACGAGGCUAGCAGACAGCGCCUGCAGAGGCGUGUGCAGAAGCUCGCAAGCGCGGCCAAAAUAUCCUUUGCUAGACAAAGCCUGCUUCAGGACCAUAACCGACUUUUGUAUGCCAUCAACAACGAAGCGAAGGUGCGACGAUCCACACGGUCGUUGGUUAUAGGCAAGGCGAAGGUGAUGAAGUGGGAGGAUCUGGAUAAAGCGCGUGCGGCACGCGCAGCGAGAGAUAAGGCUGCCGCGGAGAAAGGCAAGGGCAAACGUGGUCGCAAGCGCAAGGUGUCGGCGCGAGAA